UGGUGAGAUUUCAUGUCAAAGAUGGUGGUGUUUGGCGGGUCCAUCGUAUGAUAUUUUCAUUUACAAUUUUUGGGUUUUAUUUGGGAUAAUUUUUACUGUUAAACACUACUAAAUUCUAGUGAAUAAGUUAUUACUUUGUAUAUAGUAUAAGUUUUUUGUUUGGUAUAAAUAAUAUGGAACUGCAGAGAGGUGUAUGUAGUUUGUGUUUAGAAAAUAGCAGAGUUUUAAUUUCUCAAGAUGCCGAAGAAUUUUGUAAAUUUCUUCCGGAUAUUCUAAAAGAGGAUUUUUUAACAAAUUCAGCAUUUCAGAAAAUUAAAGGUUUACUGAAGAUUUGUUCUUUAUGUUGCUUUAAAAUACAAGUUGCGAACGAAACGAGAGACUUGUUACGCAGAAAUGAAGAUAAUGACACCAAAAAUGGGGACAUUUGUUACUUCUGCAAAACCGAUAAAUAUGUCGUAAAAAUAGGAAACAACUGGAAGCAGUUUAAUGACCGAACUGAGGGCCUUUUAAAACAAGACGAUUUUCCAGUUUGUGUGUGUCCUAGAUGCGUUUUCUACUUUGACACAAUUUUUAACUUCAAAUCAAAGCUAUCUUUCAAGUUUCCCUACUUGGGAGUUUUUAAGAAAAAAUCAGAGGACACGCCACAGAAACAGAAUGAUACACCCAAGAGAAAGUCCCUAUCAAAGUCGCCACCCAGUUCAAAAAAACGUAAAAUUUUCGAUAAUUGCUUUGAUUAUUUGCAACCCUUAUGCAAUAAUAAUUACCAUGUUGAUAAGAAACUCAAACGUGACUUAAAAAUAUACAGAAAAAUCGCUUAUGUUAAUCUGGAAAAUGCGAAGAAUGUUGAUUUAGAAGAAACGCCGAAAAAGCGACCUAAAAUCAAGAUAAAAUUGGUCAAGAACAAGAAAGAAAGCCACAAGUGUAAAUCAGAAGAGCUCCCAAAAACUGACCCCGACAAACAGAAAGCCAGGAGAUACUCGUGUGUUGAACCAUCAAAAGAAGCUCCCGAAGAGCUUGAAGAAACUCCAAAAGCCGCCAGCGUCUCAACUCUAGUGCCUAAACGUCGCGUUUCUGAUUAUAUGUAUGAAAAUGAGAAACAAACGGAAAGUUCCGACGAACCCAAUUCAGAAGAAAUUAAAGAUAUUGUUCAUAAAUACAUAUCUGAAACGAACGACAGUCAAAUUUCUGAAGUGCUUGAUGAGAUUACAGAGCAGAAAGCGGCGGAGCAAACUGAAGUGGAGCAAACAGAGGUGGAGCAGAACGGUGUUUUAGCUGCAGAGGAAGAUAUAGAAAAUAAAGAGGAGAAAGCGGAGGAAUCAUCUCAAGCGCCUGAAAUACAAAAUGGAGAGACCUCUGAAGAUGCUGACUCAGUCAGUUUAGAAGAAAAGAAGAGCGAAGACUUGAUUGCUGAAUCAACGGAAUUUAUUGAAACUACUCCCGUGGAAAAUGUUUACGAAGCUAGCGAAUCUGAGACGAAAAGUAACCCAGAAACCGAAUCUCUCAAUGGAUCUGAACGUAAAAAGAAGCACGUUACAUUUAGUGAUGACCUUUUUACCGAAUAAAUUUUUACAGAAAAAGUUGAUUUGUCCAACGUUAGUAAUAAAUAUAAGGCUAUAUUCUCUAACUUUUAAAAUUAUUUGAAGGGCCUUUAAUAUAAAAUAAUGACAUAUAAUUGACCAUUUCAAAAUGUUAAAAGUUAAAAAAGCCUGUUAGUUUAUUUGAAAUAAAUGACUCAUUGUAACAAUA